AUGACAAUCAGGGCCGCCAAGUUCACGCCUGAGGUGCUCCUCAGCGCUCCUCGCAGGUCUGAGGGUAUUCCCAACUCAGACGCAUCGAAGGUGCUCUACAGUGUGUCGACUUAUAGCUUCACGGACCAUGCAAAAAAGUCGGAAAUUCGGGUCCUCGAUGUUGCCAGUCAGCAGACGAGUCUGAUCACAGACGACAAGUCUGCCAGCGAACCGACUUGGAUCGACGACGACACCAUCCUCCUUCUGAGGUCUGGCGAUGAUGGAGUCACCAAUGUGGUAAUUGGAAAGGCAGACAGUUUCGACAGCGACAACUACAUUGCUGGCACUAUCGAAGGUCCUGUCGGUGACCUCAAAAUAUACAGACUCAGCGAUGACCAGAUCGCAUUCGCUGUGUCCGGAAAAGCAAAGCCUGAUGGCUCGCUGUACAACCCCGAAAAGGCAGAGAAGCCCCACACAUCUGGCAGACUCUACAAGUCAAUGUUCGUGAGGCAUUGGGACCAUUAUGUUACGGAGAACAAGAACGCUAUCUGGCUUGGAAAAUUGACGAAGAAGAAUGGCAAAUUCGAGUCAUCUGCGCUGAAGAACGCCUUGAAGGGAUCCAAUCUUGAAAGUCCGAUCGACCCCUUUGGUGGAAAAGACCACUUUGACAUUUCCCAGAAUGGGUUGGUAUUUACGGCGAAAGAUCCCGAUCUCAACCCUGCUCUGCAUACAAGAACUCAUAUCUAUAUCUCUGCGUGCGCAAAUUCGAAGUUCUGGGACCAUGUGGAUGACUGGUCCAGUGAUACGCCGGAGAUACAACAAGUUGAGCUAGCAAAGGCGCACGGGUUCGAGGGCGCAUGUACAAGCCCUGUUUGGUCGCACUCUGGAAAGAUGAUUGCCUUUUUGGGGAUGAGAACCGAUGGGUAUGAGUCAGACAAGAACCAGGCUUUCAUCAUUCACGGUUACAGCAAUCAACUGAAUCCACCCACUCUUCUGUAUGCCUCCAAGGACGGAAAAGGCAAGUGGGACCGAAGUCCGCAGUCCAUCGCAUGGAGCCCGGAUGACUGGCACCUGUACCUCACAGCGGAAGAGCAUGGCCGUACAAACCUCUUCCAUGCUGGACCUCCGAAGCGCCCAGGUGAAGACUCACCUUUUCCGUCUGUUCUUGUGAAAGGCGGCAAUGUGGCAGAUGUCAAGGUACUUGAGUCUGGAAACAUCUUCAUAAGCUCGAACAGCUUGAUCGAGAACAGCCUGUACUCCUUCGUGCCUGUGAGCGACCACAAGAACCAUGACGACACUUACACCCUGCCUGUCUCAGACGGCUCGUCAGACUCAGAGGCCGACAGUCUCACCGCACGGUACAUUUCCUCGAACACUCGGUCAGGCUCUAUGUUUGGUCUCUCGCGUUCACAGAUCAGUGAGAUUCAUUGGGAUGGCGCUGCCCACAACACCUCAGUCCACGCCUGGGUCGUCAAGCCCAGCAACUUCUCCUCCGACAAGAAGUACCCACUCGCGUACCUGAUCCACGGCGGCCCACAAGGCGCCUGGGAGGACUCCUGGAGCACACGCUGGAACCCCGCCGUAUUCGCCGAGCAGGGCUACGUCGUCAUUUGUCCAAACCCCACCGGCAGCACCAGCUACGGACAAGCCUUCACCGACGCAAUCCAAGGCCAAUGGGGCGGCCUCCCGUAUCAAGACCUCGUGCUAGGCUUUGACUGGAUCAAGAAAAACCUCUCCUACGUUGACACCAAGCGCUCCGUCGCUCUGGGCGCCUCCUACGGCGGCUACAUGAUGAACUGGAUCCAAGGCCACCCACUCGGCCGCCACUUCAGCGCGCUCGUAACCCACGACGGCGUCUUCAGCAUGGCCAGCCAAAUGUCCUCGGAGGAACUCUACUUCCCCAAGCAUGACCUGCACGGCCUCCCCUGGAAGAACCGCGAGGGGUGGGAGCAAUGGGACCCGAGCAAACACACGGAGCACUGGAGCACGCCGCACCUGAUCAUCCACAGCGAACUCGACUACCGACUGCUGAUCGGCGAGGGUCUGGCCGCCUUCCACACGCUGCAGAGCCGCGGCGUCGAGAGCCAGUUCCUGACCUUCCCAGACGAGAACCACUGGGUUCUCAAGCCGGAGAAUAGUCUCCUGUGGCACCGAACUGUGUUUGACUUUAUCAACCCCAAGGUCGGGCUCACCCCGCUCUCGGACGCUGGUGAAGGCGAGGAGGUGUAG